CAGUUCAUAUGUCUUACUCAAUGUUUCUGUUUUCACUGCCGUGCCGCUGCGCAGCUAAGUCAACACAAAAUAAAAAUGACAGGGAUAACUGUUUGUGUUAUAUUUCUGCUCUUCGCCUCAGUAACUUACACAGAGUCGACGAUUAGGCAGCUGAAUACGGAAAACAUCCUAAUCAAUGUGACAGCAGGGACAGUGGCGGAUACACAGGACUCCAAUAACUUGCAGAUCAAUUUAAACAUAUCAGUGGGUGAAGAGCAGGUGCUGGUUAACGACAUCCCUGUUGAGCUGUCAGGGGUGACCAGGUUCAACUGUCAAGCACUUCUCUUGGACAGCACCAAUGGAAGCAGUGAGUUUGAAUCUGGAGACCUGGUAUCCACUGUCACCCGGGUGAUGGUGAGCCAGAACCGGCUAUACAGCGACUCAGAGGAGGUGGUGGCCCUGCAGGUGUUCAGUGAAGUAAUAGAGAUGGAGGGCAAAAAGGUCCAACAGCCUGAUAUGUGUGAAGUUAAAAUACUGAUGAGCCCAGAUUUCCAGAAGCUGGCGCAGUUUACCAACAUCUACCCCAUCGGACACAGUGAGAUCUUCAGGGUUCCCAGAGAAAACGAUGUGGUCGUCACAGAUCCACCAAAUCCUAGAAAAGCAGAGGAACAGAUGAUCUCGCAGACAACCAGUCAGUACCCUCUGAAACACACAGAGACCACGCAGGAGGAGAUUGCAGCUCCUGGAAAGCUCCCAGAGACCCCCCUGCGUAUGGACCCUGAUCUGCUGUAUGAUGUCAAAUACGAUGAUGAAUUUGAAGACAGAGAACCGGGCCAGCAGGAUCAGAUCCAGAUGGAGAGCCCACCCAAAGAAUUUCUCUCAUCUUACUCGGCCAUGUGUCAGUGGGUGGAGGAAGUGCGGGAACGUCUGAGGCGCUUCUGCUCCGAGUCACUGCCCCUCUUCUUCCUGGUUAUGUGGGUGGUGGUGAUCGGCGUCGUCGGAUCAGCGGUCAUCGUCAAAAUCUUGGACAUGUUCUUCCCAACUUGUGAACACAAGCACAUUUUUCACAUAAAUCCUGUCACUCUCAUGCCAGAGGAUGAGAAGCACACUCUGCUGGAGAACAUAGAAAUAGAGGCAGAGGAAGAAGAGAAGAAGCCUUGAAUGAGGAUUGACUUGGCCGACUCCCUUCCUGUCAGUUUGUUCUUAUUCUUCAACCUUGUUUUAUGUUUUCAGCAUCAGUUGUCUGGCCCGGUUUUGUUGCUAGCUUAUAUUCAGAUCUAUAAACCACUAGGUUUUAUCUGCACAUCAGUCAGCGCUUCAAGCACAUUAGCUGUGGAGCAGGAUGUGGUUUUCACUAAAAAAAAGGCAGCGUGAGUUCAUCAAAGUAUCUAAGCUCAAGUUUGUUGGGUUAAUACUAGUUCAUAUGAAUCCCCCCAAGCGCAGUCACAUGAUCAAAGUGGAGAAGAAAUGAGUGAUUCUUAGAGCUGAAUCUCAAGUUCAUAUGACCCGAUGUUUGCUGUGCAGGCACUGAGAGAUGUCAGAUAAGAUUUUACUCUUGCAGGUUUCGACAGCCAUCAGUGGCUUCACAUCUGCGAUCAGCUUAUAGUGUCCACAGAAAAUCAAACUCUUUGCUCCUGUGAUUGGUCACAUGUUAAUACAAAGUAGUUGUUAUUAAGUCACAAAUUACUGUACUUUCCUGCUUGGUGACCAGUUACUUUUUAAUAGAAAUAACAUAGAAGAGAACUUUUCCUUUACCCACUUUGAAAACAUGCUGUAGCAACGUGGCUUAAUCUUCUAAAUUAGUAGCCAAAAACAUUUUUUAAAAUGUAAUGCAAGAAGCCAGUCUCAUAUAGAUUUAUAAGUUUUAUCUCAAAGUUCAUUCUUGACCUUGGAAACAGCAGUUGACAAAAUAGUCUCACCUUAAAGUCCAUUUAGUAGCUGUUCCUCAUUAAGAUCAUGUGACAUUAUAGAAAGCUUUGAACUUUGAAACUCAACUUUUAAGCCUCAGGAAUUUGAGCAUCCACAGUUCCACGACAACUUAUGUUGCCGCCAAAACCAAGCAACACAGACACAGGCUUAACGAAGCAGAGAUGAGUAAAUGAGUAUGAACAAACUGAGCAUUUUUAGGAGCUGCAUCCAAGGACUUAGACUCUUUACUCUAUAUGUAGCAGUUCUGUACAGGUCACACACUUUUUUUCUCUUCAAUUGUACCCCACAGCUGAAAAAAAAAGAAGAAGAAAACUCUGAGGCAGCAUAUGCAUUAUAAUGUCUUGAUUCAAUAUAUGUAUUUAAUAUGAGGCUUGUCUGUCAUUCUGAUGAAUACUUAAAGCCAUUAUAUGUGAACAGACUGUCAUAGAUAGCUCUGUAGGUAAUACUGUAAUGAAUCUGGAAAGUGUCAUAGAUCUUGUGUCUCCACAUUCAGUGAAAAUCAUCUUCCUCCUGGAUCUGAAUGUCACUACUGGAAAGAAUACCUCCCUUGGAGGCCUUCUGCCCAAUAUUGAGGUUCAUAUGUUGAUUGUCUUUCCUCACAGUGCCUCACUGACUAUUUUUGGAACUCUAUCACUAAAAGGGGGUGGGAUGGGGUGUUAUAAUUUAUUUUACUUUGAUUGAUUACGUGUGUGGUUUCCUGUUACUAGUUUUGGAGAAUGUAACUGAGGUUGUUCAGACUGUCUAUGCACUCUAAACAUAUAAACUACUGCUAUGACUGGAGCGUUGUAAAAUACAGCGUGUGCACAACACGUGACCACAUAUUCAAUGUGUACAUUUUUGUUAUUGUUAGGAAAGCAAGCUGCAACUUAAGUUUUGAAUUUGUGAGUGAAAACAGGAAGCGAGUCUGCAUGGAUGUUUCAUCUCGGUAGUAAAUCCCAUCAUGAUUUUUAGGCUUCCUUAAUAUCACUCUUAAUGUUUCCCCAGGCUGUGUGCGAGGGACCAAGCUGAUAGAAAAAAAAGCAGACUGGUCCAAAACAAAAGGGUUUUAUGACUCUGAAAUUCUGCAAGUGCAAGGAGUGAGAAGUCUUUUCAAAACGGCUUGUGUUAUUUCAGACGUUCAUUGUUCUGCUUUCUAAAAGAAACACACCCUCAUUGCAUCGGCCCGUGGACCUCAGAGCAGCUGAAGGUGUGAUUUUGUCUCCCGGGGGUUCAGUUAAGCUGCAGAAUGCAUGAUGUACUGCGGUAGCAAAAGGUGCAUGUGUAGUUUAGCUAGUGAAUGCAGUUUGCUGUUCUAUCAGCAAGAUAUACAUUAAAAACUAAGAAAGUGCAUGAUGACUCAAUGGAAACAGCUCAACCUGUACCGGAAUCUGUCACAAAUUCUAAAUUGAUAAACUCAAUACUACAAAGUGCUGUAGAGGACAUGAAAUUAGCCUGUAAGGCCGACAGUACGCCUGGCAUGAAUUCAGAUGUGUUGCUGAAGAAAAACACAACAAAAACUGUUUUAAUUUGCUUAUUGUUUAAAUGGUGUUAGACACAUGUGCUAUUAUUUUGAGACAUUUGUGUGCAUAAAUCGUAUAAAUUACAGCUGGACUGUGUAUUUGGGUCUGAAAUUCUGCUGAUUAAAAGCUUUCCUUAUGACCAUCA